CGCAUCCGGUCCCUUACGAGAGCAAGGACCGCUAUAUUAUUACGCACAAGGCCUCUGAGCCACCUACUUUUACGGGUUAUGGCAUCACAUAAUAUAUGGAGAAGUGGGAGUUUCAUGCAAGUCGGAGUCAGUGGUCAGAGGAAGAGAUUAUAGAGAACUUCCUAUUUAAUGUGGACCCAAGUCYCGGUAGGGAAGUUAAGGAAGCUCGACCGAAGGAUGGGAAAUGGACUACGUACAAGAAGAACCUCGUUGAGCUUUACAAAUUGGAGGAUAACAAGUACUCCAUCAAGGACCUUGAGACGAUGACUCAAGAUGAACAUGAGAGCGUACGGGCAUUUGGGAUGCGUUUCCAGAAGAUCUCCGACGUGCUGAUGAAGAAGGGGAAGAUCUCAGAGGUCGAGCGCUGUGCUAUCUUCAUCGGACACCUGUCCAAAGGUAGACAAAAGAGUAUACUUAUAGAUCUUCCGCGUGACAAGCUUGACUUCCCAGAAGUCCUAAAGCUCGCGAUAAAGGCAGAGGCAGAUGACUACAAGGACUUGGUGUGGAGAGGGAUGAGGAGACGUGACUUUUCCCUCUACAAGGAGCAUGCCACCGAUAGAUGUCGACUGGAUGACUACUCGCGUAGCCCUCGCUAUAAGCCUGACGGGGGUAGAGGCGACUCUCGAGGCCGGUGGGAGUCGGAUCAGGACCGGCGAGACGGAUACAGGGAUGGCAGAUAUGCGAGAUCGGACCGAGAUGGAUAUAGGGACGACAGAUAUGAGAGAUCGGACCGAGAUGGACAUAGAGGCGACAAAUAUGAGAGGAAGGAUCGAGACGGAUACAAGGGCGGCAGAUAUGAGAGAGGAGAUCGACCCGAUGAUUCACGCGGGCGAUACGACCGAGGAGACCGACGUGAUGAUGCACGCGGGCGAUACGACCGAGGGAAUCGGCCCGUUGAUUCACGCGGGCGGUACGACCGAGGAGACCGACGUCAUGAUUCACGCGGGCGAUACGACCGAGAAGACCGACGCGAUGAUUCACGCGGGCAAUACGAAUACGGAGACCGCCGCAAUGAUUCGCGCGGCAGGAAUGAGAGAGGGGGAUAUGGCGCUUCGGCUGACCCGUAUCCRAAGUCCCCUGACCCSAGAGCARCSAGRGGUUCGACYUCYAGRRGCGYAGACGACAGGCCACCCACACCCACGAACUCUUGCGUUUACUGCAGGGGGGAUGAUCAUAUCAAGAGAGAUUGCCCGGAUCUCAAACGAGCAAUAGAUGAAGGCCUUGUCGUGCUUGAUGACCGCAAGUACGUCAAAUGGGCAGAUGAUCUGGGAGACGUAUCGAUGUUCCCCUCGAUGAAGGAGAAUAUCGAAGCAAGGAGAAUAAAGCCGAGUAAAGGAAAGGAGCCGGUUAGGAGCCAGAGCAUCAAGAUAACUUUUGAAGGAGAUAUGGCGACCACACCCAUAAGGGUGGCAGCUACCAAGUCCGCGAGAGGAUCUACAUCGAAGAAGACCGACACGGAUUACGUGAUGGCGGAGAAGGACGGCGGGCAGCGGAUCGAUGGAGAGGAGGUUAUUCUUUCGCCGCGAAAGCGGGGAGUAAAGAAGUUCUUGAUGAAGAGUUCACUGGAUGAGAUUGACACGUUCGAGCCACUGAGACGGGCCCUUCGGCAGCCCAUGCAGUGCUUUAUUCUAGAGCACCUGGCGCCAUCGAAGCCAGCUCCCGAUGAGUUACAGAUGAUCACACGGAAGACUCGCAUACCUUUAUUAGAGGAGGCUCAGGGGGGCCCUAAGGCGGAAGCUCCUACAGUAGCAGUAACGGGGGUGACUGCCAGAGCGGAUCGCAUGGCGACAGUCCUUCUUGAUGGGAUGGAAGGUGUGCCACCAGACAAGUUUUACAUACUUGCUAGUGGGGCCGUGGAGACGAUCAUAAACAAUAGAGCGGUACUAGAUGCUGUGAUCGAUAACGGCAGUGAGGCUGUCAUUAUAGACGAGGAUCUGGCAGUACAGAUUGGACUGGACCUCGAUAGGUCAUACCUAUUCGAGAUAGAGACUGCUGAUGGGAGAAAGCAACAGAUCACUGGGGUUUAUCACAAGGCAGCCAUAGAGGUCCAAGGGGUACGAGUGACCCUGCCUGUCUUUGCAGUCAAGAACUGCAGCUCCGAUCUGCUCUUGGGACGAAUGUGGCUGAGCCACGUGCAUGCUGUGACGAUAGAGCGACCAGAUGGAAGCCAGACAUUGUCCAUUAAGAAGCUAGAUGGGAUGCGGGUUAUGAUUGAGACGGUGGAGCCUCGGGACCCGAGGAACAGAGCAGCUCUCGCAGUGGGAGCAAGACCCAGUGAUGAGAUUAAGUCAUUACCUAUCUCUGGCCGCGCGGUGCGAUUUUGUGCGAAGAACUAUGGACCACUGCUCACAGAGGAAGAAGGUCGGAUCGUGGAAGUGGAAGACUUGGGGAGUCGGCUGAUAGUGGACGGCAACUCGUACCCAAAGGAGACAGAAGAGGAAUUUGGCGGGGUGGUAUCUGUGUCUUUUUAAAGGGCACGGCCCCCUAUGGGGGGUUACCCAAGCGACACAAGC